CAAAAAAUUUACUGAAGUAGAUUUCAUUCAUGUCCGCCUUCCAAGAAAAGGUAAGGGACAGUGUAGAAAAGGUCAGAAUUAGUGUAUUAACUCCAUCCGUGUUCUCGCUGCGGAAACUGUCCAGAAAGCAAAGUCUGGACACCCGGGUGGAUUUUCGCCAGUGCUGUAACAUCUAGGAGCUCCUAUGGGUUGUGCACCUAUUGCGCACGCCUUGUGGGGAUCUGUGAUGAAUUACGAUCCCAAGAACCCCAAAUGGUAUAAUCGUGAUCGUUUCAUUCUGUCAAACGGCCACGCUAGCGCGCUUCUUUACUCCAUGCUUUAUCUUACUGGUUACGACAUGACCAUUGAUGAUUUGAAAUCCUUCCGCCAACUGGGCAGCCGCACGCCCGGCCAUCCCGAGUCGGAGAUGGUGGGCGUGGAGGUGUCCACCGGCCCUCUGGGCCAGGGCGUCUCGAACGCCGUGGGCAUGGCGAUCGCUGAGUCGCACCUGGCGGCGCUGUUCAACAAGCCUGACUUCCCAGUGAUCGACAACUACAUCUACGCGCUCUGCGGCGACGGCUGCCUGGAAGAGGGCAUCAGCCACGAGUCCGCGAGCCUCGCCGGGCACCUCAAGCUUGGCCGUUUGAUCGUUCUCUACGACGACAACUCCAUCACCAUCGACGGCCGCACCGACAUCUCCUUCUCCGAGGACACGCUCAAGCGCUACGAGGCCUACGGCUGGGACGUCGCCCGCGUCCCCGACGGCGACCACGACGUCGCGGGCAUCCUGGCGGCCAUCGAGCGCGCCAAGAAGGUCGAGGACAAGCCCUCGAUCAUCGCCAUCCGCACCACCAUCGGGUUCGGCGCCGCCAAGCAGAACACUUCCGCGGUUCACGGAUCCCCGCUCGGCUGGGAGGAUAUCGACCAGGUCCGCGCCCAGUUCGGAUUCCCCGCGGGAGAGUACUUCUCCGUCGCCGAGGACGUGCUGCAGUACUACAGAACCGCGGGAGAGCGCGGGUCGGCGAAGGCGGCCGCGUGGGCGAAGCUGUUCGAGGCGUACGGCGCUGCGUUCCCCGCGGAACACGCGGAGUUGGUGCGUCGCAUGGAGGGAAAGCUGAAGGGCGACAUAACCGCGGUUCUUCCGGAGAUGGGCGGGAAGGACGCGGCGACGCGGUCGAGCUCCGGCGUGGUGCUGAACGCGCUGGCGGCGCAGUACCCGGAACUGAUGGGCGGAUCGGCGGACUUGACGCCGUCGAACAACACGGCGCUGAAGGGAAGCGAGGACUUCUCGGCGACGAACCGCGCGGGAAGGUAUCUGCGGUUCGGCGUGCGGGAGCACGGCAUGGCCGCGAUUUGUAACGGUAUGUUCGCGUACGGAGGGUUCCUCCCGUUCUGCGCGACCUUUUUCGUGUUUGUUGGGUACUGCAUGGGCGCGGUGCGCAUCGCCGCGCUCUCUCACUACCGUGUUUUGUUUAUUCUCACACACGACUCCAUCGGCGUGGGCGAGGACGGACCCACCCACCAGCCCAUCGAGCAGCUCUGGCAGCUCCGCAACAUGCCGGGCAUCACCGUGCUGCGCCCUGCCGACGGCCGCGAGGUCGCGGGAGCGUACCAGCAGUACAUGGAGGGCUCGGGCCCCGUGGUGCUGGUGCUCUCGCGCCAGAAUCUCCCCUACCUGGAGGGCAGCAGCGCUGCGAAGGUGGAGAAGGGCGCUUACGUGAUUCGGGAAGUGGAGGGAACGCCCGAUCUGGUGCUGCUGGGAACCGGAUCGGAGGUGUCCAUGUGUGUGGCGGCCGCGGAGAAGAUGGAGGGAAAGAAGGUGCGCGUGGUGUCGAUGCCUUCUGUCGAGCUCUUUGAGAAGCAGCCGCGCGAGUACCAGAAGGCGGUGCUGGGAGAGAAUGUGCCGAUCAUGGGAGUGGAGGCGGGAGCCACGCACGGUUGGGAGAAGUUCACGCACUACCAGAUGGGAAUGACCACGUUCGGAGCCUCGGCCCCUGCGGCGAAGGUGUUCGAGCAUUUCGGAUUGACCGUGGAGAAGGUCGUGGAGAAGGGCGAGAAGCUGAUGAACUACUACGCAACACACCCGAUUCCUGCGAAGCUGGAGGAUUUCGGAUUCUAAGCGUGGUGAAUGGCGCAGAAUAAUACUGUUUCGAUU